AUGUCUGCCUCCCGUAGGAGACAGACGAGGCUCUGGCACUCGUACGGCUGCCGGAACGCUGAGGCCCGCUGCGCUGCAGCACAGGAGCCAGGGUCCCACCAUGGGGCCCGCGGGAACGCCGCCCACGCUUUUGCGGCACGAUUUGGCUCCAUCUGUGAGCUAGCAGUCUCGGCAAACGGCACAUCCUCAUCAUUGGACGAGUCAUUGUCUUGGGCAGAAGAUUCACAUCAUCACUUUCAACAUCUGGUUGAAACAAUUAAUCACAGCAGGCUUCAGCUGCUGGACAAAACUGACUUGUCCCAAACACUGGUUUUGUCUAUGGCAUCUAUGGACCAUCGACCUGACAUCAAACUACAGCUGCUGCAGGUUUUGAAGCUCCUCUCUUGCUCCUCCGACUUGAACUGUGGGCAAAUACUGAAGGCCCGGGGAGCUGAGAGCAUCUGUCUGCACAUGAACGAGUCGGAGUCUACCGGGCCAGUCCUGGUUCGCUCCACCGAGAUCCUCUGGAACCUUCUGGAGGGUGGAAAUAAGCACAGAGCUGUGGCCCAACUCAGCACCAUCGAGUGUCUAGUAUCUCUGAAAGAGGCUUUUCUACACCAGCUGUUGACAGCGGUUCACCAUUCAGAGCUGAGCCUCAGAAACGACCUGCUCGUCCUCACAACACGAAUUGCUGAAAACAGCAACACUUUUCUCAUUGAGAGUCUCUUCGCUAAACUGCUCAUAUCAUUGUCCACAUACCCAGAAUUAAGACCCACCAAUCCUUUGCUCAUCAAUUUAAAGCUGAACUACUGUCAUGAAGACUUGAAAAUGAAAAAGAUGCUUCUAAAUCUAUUGUCCGUGAUGUCUGUUGAUGCGACUGUUUUGCAGCUUUACAAAGAGGAAAAAGUGCUCCUGUCUCUCCUGCUCCUCACUAAACCUCUGCCCGUCUCUCCCCGGAUUCACUCUGCAUCUCGAAGCUGGUCCUCAGUCCAGUCUCAGGAGCUAUGUCUGAAGGCUCUGGAGACUCUGUGUUCUAUCGCCCCCUACCUGCUGGACGAGUACAUGUCCUAUCACGGCAACGCCUUUGUGCUGAGGCUCAUGGACUGGUGCACUCAUGACGAUGAAGUCCCUGAUCAGACCCGAGGCACUACUGGUCUUAUAGGAGACUGUAGAAAGACCCUGCUGCACUUUUGUGUCAGGCUCCUCACUGUAGUCACUUCACAGGGAGAGGAGACCGUCAACCAGGACCUGUGUGACCGGGGCGCCAUCGGUGACCUGCUGGGUGUGUUGAUGCAGAUGGAGGCAAGCUCUGAUGAGGACGACGAAGUUUCUUUGGAGAUUAAAUUCUACAUUCAGUUCAUCCUCUCUACUCUGUGUGAGAGCGACAUGCACAGGAAGGAGCUGUUUGGGUCUGAAGGAGUUGAAAUGGUCAUUCACUUCCUGAAGAAAGGCUGUGAUCUGUUUUACAGCGGUUUAGGGCACAACAAACUCCUCCUCUCCACUGUCGACUGUGUUUGGUCUUGCAUUGUUGGCUGCUACACAACUGAAGAUUUCUUUCUGGCCAAAGAGGGAGUCUGUUUACUGCUUGAUCUGCUAUGUUCGAGUCCCAAAUGUGUCCACAGCCUGAUUUUGUCCACCCUUCUGGAGAUAUGUGAAAACCCAAACACAGGGUCCCAUCUGAGGAGCUGGACGGAUCGAACCGGACAAACAGCCCCUAGAGUCCUUCUGCAGAUGUGGAGGGACGAGGAGGCCGAGCUCGGGGUGCAAAGAAACCAGGAGGGGUGCAUCACAGAUCCCAAAAAGCCACUUUAUCAUAAGCAGCAGGAGGAAACACAAAGCCUGUGCCUGGAUGGAUCGUCCAGUGCUUCAAUUCUGGAGAUAGGGGAGAAUCUGAGGGCAAAAAUUUACCUGAUCUUCUGUGCAGUCGGAUUUCAUGACCUUCCUGGGUUAUCAACUGAGGACUAUGUGACACUGAGUAUUGUUAAGAGAUAUCUGGAUUUUAAGGUUGGAGAGGUGUGGGACGAGGUCAGUGCACAGCUGACUCAUGAGGACAUCAGACCCAUAACUCCAGACAGAGAGAAUUUAGAAACUAUUUGUCAGAUAUCAGAGGACAAGGCCAAAAGAGUCAUGGAGGAGCAGAGCAGCCUUCUACAGAGACAAGAGAAGGAAGAUCUGACCCAGGAGCAGCUCAUGUACACCGAGAUCAUAUCUCGCAUGAAACGACAAGAACUUGUCCAAAAAUCUUGGAACGAUUAUGUUUCCAGGACAUCCAACUAUGAGGUUCUCAAGGAGGUGAAAGCUCAGAGAGAGUUGUCCAGAGCUAAAGUGAAGACUGAAGAGGACGGAAUUCAUCCUGUAAAGCACUUCAUAGGCCAGGUGCUGUCCAUGGAGAUGACAGGAGCAGAGGGACCAGAGGGGGUCAAAGUCUCUUUAGCCCGAGUCGCUAUCAAGCCCAAAGGUCCAGACCCGGUCCAGACCAGCCCAAACCCAGACCCGGAGAGACAGACGAGGCUCUGGCACUCGUACGGCUGCCGGAACGCUGAGACCCGCUGCGCUGCAGCACAGGAGCCAGGGUCCCACCACGGGGCCCGCGGGAACGCCGCCCACGGUGGACCAAGGCCCAUCCAGAUGGAGGCAAGCUCUGAUGAGGAUGACGCAGUUUCUUUGGAGAUAAAAUCCAACAUUCAGUUCAUCCUCUCUACUCUUGUUGAGAGCGACAUGCACAGGAAGGAGCUGUUUGGGUCUGAAGGAGUUGAAAUGGUCAUUCACUUCCUGAAGAAAGGCUGUGAUCUGUUUUACAGCGGUUUAGGGCACAACAAACUCCUCCUCUCCACUGUCAACUGUGUUUGGUCUUGCAUUGUUGGCUGCUACACAACUGAAGAUUUCUUUCUGGCCAAAGAGGGAGUCUGUUUACUGCUUGAUCUGCUAUGUUCAAGUCCCAAAUGUGUCCACAGCCUGAUUUUGUCCACCCUUCUGGAGAUAUGUGAAAACCCAAACACAGGGUCCCAUCUGAGGAGCUGGACGGAUCGAACCGGACAAACAGCCCCUAGAGUCCUUCUGCAGAUGUGGAGGGACGAGGAGGCCGAGCUCGGGGUGCAAAGAAACCAGGAGGGGUGCAUCACAAAUCCCAAAAAGCCACUUUAUCAUAAGCAGCAGGAGGAAACACAAAGCCUGUGCCUGGAUGGAUCGUCCAGUGCUUCAAUUCUGGAGAUAGGGGAGAAUCUGAGGGCAAAAAUUUACCUGAUCUUCUGUUGGAGAGGUGUGGACGACGAGGUCAGUGCACAGCUGACUCAUGAGGACAUCAGACCCAUAACUCCAGACAGAGAGAAUUUAGAAACUAUUUGUCAGAUAUCAGAGGACAAGGCCAAAAGAGUCAUGGAGGAGCAGAGCAGCCUUCUACAGAGACAAGAGAAGGAAGAUCUGACCCAGGAGCAGCUCAUGUACACCGAGAUCAUAUCUCGCAUGAAACGACAAGAACUUGUCCAAAAUCUUGGAACGAUUAUGUUGACACAGAAUAACAUUAUAUUCUGUUAA